GACAGUGACCGAAUUAAUAAUAAACGUCGUCGUCGACAUUAAUCAAACAGUAAUAAUGAUUAUUCUUCUCGCGCAUCGAUUCUGUAAAACAUUUUACAAAUAAAAAAAUUGUAAUAAUAACAAUAUAUAAGACUUCGUUUCAGUUUAGUUCGGUAUAACGUCGCGUUAGGUACUAUAACGUGACGUAGUCUUUACUAUACAAUAUUUAUUAUAUUAUUCCAUAUUCGUUUCGAAGGGUUUUUAUAUAUAUAUAUAUAUAUAUGUAUCGAUAAUUGAGUUUGUAAUGUGUUUUUAUUUCGUGUAUUUAUUUAUGUUUUGCGGUGCACGUUGCGAUCACGUUAUUUGUGAAUCGAAAAAAUCCUCCGAAAUUAUUUGUACGUAGCACCGCCUGCACUCGUUACGUCGCAUUUUUGAAAUAUUAUAUUUUUUAAGUAUACCUACCUAUACAGGGAUAGACAUAGGGAACCGCGAGCAAAAAUGGCGUCUAAUAGAGGUAAUGAAUACAAAUUUUUUUUGUAAAUUUCCUAUAAUGCCAUAGUGUGGUUUUCGACCACAUAAUAUCAUAAUAUUGUCGUAAAAUGGUUUGAAGAUGAAAUAAUAACAAUCAAAUUUAAAUAAUAAUUUAAACACUUUGUCUCGAAAUUAGUUUAUUUGUUUGAUUGGGUGAUUUCUGGGUAGCAAAGGUUUUUUAUUGCUAGUACCAAUGCAAGGUCAUUUUUUUUUUUUAUUUAUUGAUAAUUGAGGAAUAAAAGCGAGUAUAAAUUCAUGCGACAAAGGCAUUUAUUAUUUUUGAUCUUGGUUUUGAAUUUUUUAUUUUUUUUAUUGUAAUACAGUUAAAAACGAAUCGCAGAGACCUGAACUUUUCAUAGAAUAUCAACUAUAUAACUCGCUUUAUAGACGUGAUAAAAAAUUCAAAUUAUUCUGGCCAUUUUUGAGGUAUUUAUAGUAUUUAAAAUAAUGUCGAGAUUUUUUUUGGUUUUUAUAUUUGGUUUCUUACUUAUAAAAUGUAUUUGGCUUGACAAUUUAACACGAGGUUUAUCAUAAAAUUUUGUUUAGUGGUGAAAAAAAAAGUUGAACGUAAUUUUUUUAUAAUUGUAUAAAGUUAAAAUUUGAAUAAAACAUGUUUAAAUGCACAUUAUUAUUAUUAUUUCGAUUUAUUCGGCUUUUAAGUUCUAAGACCAUAUAAACUUUAGCUCUAUUUCUAUCCAUUGUAAAAAAUCAUUAAAAAUUCGGUUCAUCUCCUAAAUCUUUCACGUUAUUAUUUUACUAUCCAUCUUCUUAACUGUAUCCUCGAGUUUUCCAAAAGUACUCUGUUUCAGAAUCACUGCUAAUAAAGUAAUAGACAUUAGUUCUACGCACCUGGUCCACUAAAAUCUUCUUUUUUAUGAUUUCUGAAAACAUUAUUUUUUUCUAAACGUUCCCUGUUUUUCAUUCAUUUUCACUCUACGGUUAUAACGCGUCAUAUCCUACUGGCCCAUACAUAUCUUCCACUGUAAUAGUUUUUUUUUCGAACAUUUAUUUCUAUUUGUAAAUUCUGAAACUAGAACAAAAUACAAUGAUACUAUGUUUCUACGUAAUGUAGAUUUAAGAGAGCGCUCCGAAGAAAUGGAACAGAUGGAAAAAUUUUUGGACGACGAAAGCCGCAGCGUUGAAGACGAGAUAGUACAAAACCAUCUUAACGAUAAUGUCGAAUAUAAAACUUGCCGCAUUUGCUACGAUGGUAAGUAUUAUACGUGAUUCAUAUAACUACUCUCGUUUAUACGCUACUAGGAAAAUACAUUGUGUGUACCUAAAUACAAAUCAUCAUAAAUUAAUCGAAAUCGCGAAUUUGCAUUAAAAACGCGUAUCGGAAUAAAAUAUUAAUGAUAUUUAUACUGCUAAAAUAUUUACAAUGUGUAAAUUUGUAAAAUCUACAAAUUAUGUACAAUCAAAUAUUAUUAUAUCAAUAUUUGUUUUAAACAAUAAUACCAUUUUAACGUUAAUAUACGUGUUCCAGAAUAAAUAUACGGGACAACACAAAAUAUUCGAAAAAUACAAUUUUAACUUGUUUGUAAUAUAGUACGAUCAUAAUUAGAUAUUGAUUUUACUUCAAAAUAUUAAAUGUUUUGACAAGUACAUACUAGUAUUGAAUAGUCCGUCAAAUCUAUGUCAUUAAUAAUAUUAUCAUUCUGGCUACAGGUAUAUAUUAUUUAAGGGUGUCUUCCAAAAAUUAGAAUUCAAUGACGAUCGAUCAAAUGCAUUCCGAAACUCAAUAGUUUGAUGAUAUUUUGUCAUUGAAUCUUGUUCCGAAACUUGACAUCACUAAUUAAAUUUCCAUCGAAUCCAGAGUUCAAUUUUAUCGAUUUGUGCAAUUGAUGUUUUUUUAUUAAUUAUUAGUUGUUUUUAUUUGUCACGAUUCAAAUUUAUUCCAAGGAUAAUCUGCCUAUUAUACUCGAUAAUAUUGGGAAAAUGUACUUAUAAAAUCACGAUCCAUUAUCGGAUUUAAUCUAAAUAUUUUGGUAUUCAAAAACAUUCUAACGGUUAAAUUUUGAAAGGCAACGAAUUUUAGUUGUUUCAUCAGUUAAUUUACCCAUUAUCAUCUCUUAAAAUAUAUUGUAUGUUGAUUGAUGAACAAGUUAAAUAGGUUUUGACAGAGGCGGUUUUACAAAGAGGCGGUACAAAUUCCGAAAAUAUCAUUAUUGUGUUAUGAUGAUCGAUAUUAUAGCUGAACAAAAUAGAUAUUUAAAACCACCUUCGUCAUAACCUAGUAAAACUUUUUAAUCAAUCAAAAUCCGUUUUCUAAUUUAAACCCAAUUUUUACAUUUUUAUCUGGAUUUUCGUUCUAAAACGAGUUAUUUGUCCGUAAAAACGACCGUAUCCCUUUUCCUUAAAUGGGCAUAGCCAAAAGAUUAAUUAAAAUGCAAACAAAAUUUCCAAAUUAUAUAAAAUUAGAAAACAUUUGGAAAACCUACUCUAACUCAUUGCUUACGCAUAGUGCGAAUAGUGUGUUGGUUUUUAAGUUUAAAACUUUUUUAACAUACUGUUAUUGUUUAUAUAGAUUUAGACGAACGCAACGAAUGUACGAUAUCACCGUGCUAUUGUACCGGAUCAUUGGCCAGCGUCCACAUCUCGUGUCUAGAACGGUGGCUGUCCACGUCCAACUCGAGCAGUUGCGACAUUUGCAAUUACACUUUCAAGACCAUCGAGCGUCCAUUGACUUUGACCGAGGUAAAUGAAAAAAAUAUACAUAUAUAUAUACACUUUUUACAUUUUAACUUACUCGUAUGGCCAUUAUUACGAUUCGUGUCUGAUAUUAUAUUUGUAUUUUUAAACGCAUAAUUGUUGUUCAAUUCAAUUUCACUUUUUUGUUUGUGUACUUUAAUACCUAUCAAAAAUCUAACGAAAACCUACUCGAUAAAAUAUUUGUAGAUAUGUAUAGAAUUUGUUUUUUCAAAACUUUAUACCAUUUAUAUAAAAACAUCAUAAAUACAAACAUACAUAUUUUUUUUUUAUCAUUUUAAGUAUACAUAUUUUACAUAAUAUUUUCUUACUCUAGUCUUACUACCUGUUCCUAUUUUUAUUGGUGUGAUUUUAAAUUCUGAGCGCAGUUAAAAAUGGAAUACUCUUACAAUGGUGUUAAUGUUUUUUUUCUUGUGAACAACUUUUAUACCAAAAGUUUUGCUCAAAUUUUUAAGCGUAGUAUUUUUUCUGAAAGGAAAUCUACUUAGAAUGAUACUUUAAGGAGGUAAUUUUUUGAUUUUCCCAGAAUUUUUCAUGAUAAAUGAGAAAAACCGAAAAAAACAUAGGAAAUAAAGGAAAAUUUACAAAAUUUAUUAUUUUCAAAUCGUAAAUAUUACGGUUUUUCAAAACAUAUACAACCGAACUCCACUCAAAAUUGUUUUUCGUUAGAAAUAAUCAAUCUUUUCCUAUAGUUAUGCAUUAAAUUUCUCCAUUACCUUCCUAACUUCUCGCCCAUUGUGCGCAGUAUGUCUGUUUGGUUAUUUGUUCGAAUUUCAAAUAACACAAAUUCCACAAAUGAAACUUAUAAUUCUCACGACGACUCUUAAAAACACGAAAUUUAGGCCGUAAUAUUUACGAUUUGAAAAUAAUACAUUCAGUAAAUUUUCCUCUAUUUCCUACGUUUUUCCGGUUUUUCUCAUUUAUCAUAAAAAAUUCUGGGAAAAUCAAAAAAUUAUCUUCUUAAAGUACCAAUUAGAUUUACUUUCAAAAAAAUUGCUAUACUUGAAAUUGGAACAACAUUUUUGGUAAACAAGUUGUUCACAGAUUAAAAAAAAAAACAAAACAAAACACAUCAUUGUAAAACCAUUAUAUUCUUAACUGCACUCAGAAUUUAAAAUCAUACCAAUCAAAAUAUGUUUGCAAGUAUAAAUUCCGAAUAAAAGUAUAUAAUAAAAAUCUAAAUUUUACUUCCAAAAAACUGUGAAAUUUCAAUUAUUAUAUUAAGUUUAUAAUUAAAUUAAUUAUGUAUAAAAUUGAAAUACUAUUAACUAUUAAGUAGGGAUUGGAUUUGAAGGUAAAAACCUUCUUUAAUAAUAAUAAUAGAAAAAUAAUUUGCUAAUAAAAAUGUGUUCCAUUUAAUAUCGAAGAUGAUGGAUGUAUUAGACUCGGAGCGUAGCGAGGGAUCUAAUGGUUUAACUAUGAUGUGCUGUUUUUUUUUUUUUUUGCGAACAACUUUUUUGCCAGAAAAGUUGCACCGAAAUAUACCCUAUAGCACCUUUUCUGAAAGGUAAUUUUUUCUCAUUGGUGCAUUGAGGAUGUCAUUUUUUGAUUAUCCAAGGGGUUCCUGAAAUAAUCGGAAAAUACUUGAAAGAUAAGUUAUAGGUAAAACGGAAUAUAUUUAUACGGCACGCCGCGGCGUUAACGUGUUCAUUAUUUUUAUUAUGUUAACACGAUGUUUUCUAACAGAAAUCUUACUCCAAUCCAAAAAUUACGUGAUUAAUUAAUUAAUUAAUUAAUUGAGUGAUAAACUUUAUUCCUUAUAAUAUUUUAACACUGACAGUUUAAAUUGUUUUUUUUUAUAUCGAAAGUAUUUUUCAUAAUAUUUGGGAAAAACCAAAACGGACAAAAUAUAUGAUUUUUUUCCAAUUUACGGAACAGCAAUUUCAUUAUUUUAAAUCAUAAAACUAUGUACGAAAAACAAUAAAAUAAAAAUUUAAAUUUGUUCGGCUUAUAUUUUAUACCAUACAUAUUCCUCUAAUAAAAAAAACAUCCAGAUAUCUUUUUUGUUGUAUUUGAAAUCUAUUUAGGGAACAAGAAAGUUUUUUUUUUGAUUUUCUUUGUAGUUUUUUUCAUAACUAAGCAAAACCGAAAAAAAUACUGAAAGUACGGGAAAAUAUACGAAAAUAAUUCUUUUAUUAUUUUUAAUUUUGUUUUUUUAAUGUAAUUUAGUUUUAAUAUAUAGAAAACUUAUAUUUGCUUUUCUAAACGUUGUAAAAUUUUCAAAACAUUUGAUCCAUUUUUGAGCUAAUUAUAGAUAUUUUAAUUUUGCGAGUUUUAUACAUAAUUUUUAUUCGGUACGUACUUUGUGGAUAAAAUUAUUAGACUAAACAGAAAUGUUUUAAAAUUUAACAAGAAGUUCCCUGAACGUCAUACUUUAUGGUCGAAAAGAAAAUGUUAGUUUUAUGUGGAAUUAUUUUUAUAAAGGAAUUUAAACAUUAAAUUUUGUCGAAAAUCGUUAAUAUUACGGUCUUUUAAAACAUGUAUAACUGAACUUCGCUUCAAAUCGUUUUUCGUUAUCGAUGGUUUAUUGAUGGUUACAAGAAUAAAUUAAAUAGCUUUAUGUAUACCACCUUCCCAACUACUCAUCUAAAACAGUGGCCGCAUCCGUCCCCAGUAACAGCUCUUUUUUUUUUUCUUUUUUUUUUAUUUAUAAAUACCUCUUUUAAUAAUGAUCGAUGAUAAUUAUGACGAUUUAAUAAAUAGUAAUCCUAAUUUAUAUAACUAUUUAUGUAUGAAAUACGCCCCAACAACUUCAGUAGACGUUGAAAAAUCAUUUUUUAUAUACAUAUAUAUUUUGAGCCUAUACCAUCAACGUUUUACUGAAGACAAUUUAUCAUGAGACAAAACAAGUACAUGGAAGUGAAUUUUUUUAUACAAACUAGUUAAACCAACAGAAAUAAAUUUAAUUUUUUUGUAAAUUUUGUAAUUGCUUUUUAUAUAAAUUAAAUAUGUUUUUUUUACCUUUUUUUCUCAUUUUAAGUGCUUUUUUUAUUGGUUAUAUUGCUUUUAAGUCCAAACCUCAAUAAUGAAUAAUAACCAAAAAAAUAUUCAAUUAUAUUAAAUAUAAUAUAUAAUAUACAUGUCUAUAUGUAUGUGAAGAGGAUGUAGAGAUCAACUCAAGUGGAAUUUUAUGACGAGAGCUGGUUACACCAAAUAGUAGGAAUGAAGAUAAAGAAGAAGAGGUUAAUAAUAUUAAAAUAAUUAAUAAUAAUAAUAAUUUAGAUACUUACCUGAAAAUUACGUUACAUGUAAUGUCAAACGGAGUUCUAGUAAAUAUAAAAACAUAUUAAGGUCUAAUAGAAGAUCGUUUAUUUUUGAGUAUUUUAAAAAAAACCAUAUAACUGUUUCUUGUAAUAUGUGUUAAAAAUGUUUUUGUAUUUAAAGUAUCAUAUUUUUUUGGUGUAGUUUAAUAUAUUUAAUUAUUAAGCGGAGUUUUUUUUUUUUUUAAAAAGGACUUCACAGAAAUGUUUUUGUAUUCAAGUGUUUAUUUAAGCGUCUGAAACCAUACGACUUAGUUUAAGAAUUUAAAGUAAGGGUAGGAGCCACUUCAUUGGAAGUAUAACUUCAUCAACGUGUAAAGUAUAUAUUAACAUCUAGUAUGUAAGAUAUAUCUUGUUAAAUAUGUUUAUAAAGAUCUUCAAGUCGUUUGAAUAAUAAAAUCUCUGGGCAUUUGAAAAAAAAAGUGUUUAUUUAAUAAUAUUUGUGUGGUAUAUUAUUUUAGCAUAUUUGUAUUAUAUAUUUUCUAUAAACCAAACACGAAUUUUAUAAUUUUUUAUUGCCUAUAAAUACUGGCUCUAGUUAUCAUAUUGUAUAAUUUUGGUGCUGCUGUUGAGAUAUGCUCGAAUUUUAAGAGUGUUCCUAAUUUUUUUGUUUAUGCAAUUAAUAAGUUUUUUUUCCCUUUAUUGUUUGAAUUGAUUUCUUUUUAUUGUUGUAUAGUAUAAUUAUUAUUAUAUUGGAGAAAUGAUGAUGGUUAUAAUUAAUUAACACCACAGUUCUCGUUAAAUUUAGCAUAAUAUAUAUGUAUAAUAUUCAAUUUUUUAUUAUAUUCAAUAGCUGCGCUGUAACGAAAUUAAUCAUAUUUUAGAGAAAGCUGGUUAGGUAAUACAAUAUGGUAUGCUAAUGAUAAUAAUAUCUUUCAAUAAAAAAUAUAUUAUUGCAUGGCAAAAUAUAUAAAUACAAUUAAACGCAUUCGAUUUUAAUAUUUCAUAAAUAAACCCAAUAUUAUAGUACGUUAUAAUAGGUAUUAUAAUAGUUACUAUCUACAAAAAUGAAUUAGGUUUUAAUAUUAAAAACGUAUUUUCCUUUUUUCAAUAUUGCCUAGAGCUGAUAAUUUUCAAUCCUUUAAAAUUAUAGUCAAUUAUGAGUAAUAAAUUGUAAUCGUUGAUUAAAUAUUUUUAUCAAUGAUGAUAAUAUUGUAAUUUAUAUUUAAUUGCUGUGGUUAUAAUUUAUAAAUAGGUCUUAUCUCAAUACUGAAUAGAAUUCUAUUUAACAAUAAUAUUUUAUUAGUAAGUUUUCGUUAAAUUAUAUUAUAAUGUGUAAUAAUUUGUCAGUAAAAUUCUAGUGAUUGGAAAUAAAUUUUAAGUUCAGAAUAAUGUUCGGAUACAAUGUAUAAGUAAAUUUGUUUUGGUUUUGAUUUUCUAUUAAGUGUAUAAAAUCAAGAGGCUAUGAUGAUUUUAAACUCUGAGGAGAGUGAGUAAGCUAUAGUUUUCAUUAUGAUUUGUUUUUUUCUGGAAAAUAUUGUUCGGUUAGUAAAGCGGUUUUUUCUACUAUUCAUAGGGUGUUUGGUUAUAGGAAUGGGGAUGGGAGAUUAAGAAUAUUAUGUAUUAGUAUGGAUUAUUGCAGAUAUUUUGUUUAUUAGAUAUAUUUAUCUUACACGAUACAAUUGAAGCGAAAAUGUAUAUAAUUUAUUCUACAAAUACUUAGGUAAAAAUGAACAUUUCUGUACGUAUUAAAAUAAAAGUGCCCGGGUAUGUACAUAAUGUCAUAAAUCAUAAUAUAUGGAAACUAUUUUCAUUUUAGUAUUUGUUUUAAAAUGAUAGCGCUCAGUGUAAUUUUGCGGGUCAAGGUAUUUUACAUACGUAGUUGGACGGUACUAAAUCGUUCUACAAUAUAAUUCCGGACAAUUUGUAUUCAAUAAAAAUAAUAUUAACAAAAUCAAACAUUUAUAUUUCCUCAAAGAGUCCGUUAGAUCGUGUCCUGUAUUUUGUCAUAAGAAGAGAAAAUAUUCUCGUCCCCACUCACAAAUUUAGAUACGUCCACUAUUCGUAGAAGUGUCCGUUUCUUGGGAGGCUUUAAUUUGUAUAAUUUGAGUAAUCAAUUCAAGAUAUCAUAUUAUUGUUUUUUUUGACAAUUUAUGAAUUUAUAAUUAUUCUUAUUGUCACCCUUAUUAUUGAGGGUGAAACUAUUACCCAAUUUUAAGUUGCAUAUACCUAUAUUGACGAGAUAUUCAACUUUUAAGUUUGAGUAUGGUAUAGUAGUGGAGUGGAGCAUAAUAUGUGUGGUGGACAGCGCGUGGCGUUUGAAUAUUAUUCUAUUAGUUGUUACUCUUUACUUAUCCAAACUUAAAAGUUGAAUAUAUUGUCAAUUGGUUGAUGAAAAUUAAAAAUGUCAGCACUAAAAUGUAUUUGAACUAAAACUUCAUCUAUUUAUGCAAUUUUUAAUAUAUUAAGUAGUAAUUUGUAGCAUUCAAAUAUUAAUUUUAAAAUAAAAAUUGGGUAGUGUUUACAACCACAAAAAAAGAGUGAAAAACAAAAUUAUCCGAAAAAAAAAAAAACCAAAAAAUACCGAAAACAAUUAAUACUUUUUGUGAUAAUGAGGGUUUUAUCGAGGAUUGAACACUGUUUCAAAGUUGGCACGUAUUAUACAUAAAUAAUGUAUUAUACGUAUAAUAAAUUACGUAUUACACAUCUAUAUUUUAUACAACAUAUCUAUAUAAUAUUAUAAAAUUCAAUAUAUUAAAUUUGAUUUCCAAUUAAAUUCAUAAAUUGAAUACCUAAUAAAAAAAUAUAAGUUUAAUUUUGUAUAAAAUGUUAACUAUUUAAUAAUUAUAUUAUUAUUUCAGAGUUAUAUUGUUUUGCGAGUUGCAAGUUUUUUUUUAUAUUUUUUUAAUUUCUACUAUUGGUUAUAACUUCAAAAAUGAUAAAAUAUUAAUAAAUAAAUAACAUAUAUAAAUAUAUAAUAAUAAUUAUAAUAAUUGGGAAAAACUAAAAAGAAAAUUAUAAGUAAAACGGCAAAUAUUGAUGACGCGCCGCCCCGCGGCUUUACCGAUUUUAUUAUUUUUAAUUUUUGCAAACUAUGUUUUAUAAUGAAAUUUGAUUUAAAUCGAAAAAUGACAAGAGUUCAAUUUUAUUCCAUUUAAUAUCUAGCUACUCACAGGAAAUGCCAUUUUUUUGAUAUCUAAAGUAGUUUUCAUAAUAAUUGGAAAAACCCCAAAAAGAUGAUUUUUCAAAUUACGGCGCAGCGAUUUCAUUAUUUAAAAUGCUUGAGAUUAUACUUUUUUACCAGAAAUCUUUAUCUGAAUUUCAAGAAUAGCAUAUUUUCCGAAAGAAAAUGUUUUCUAACUUGUAAUUAAAAACGUCAUUGUUUAAUUUGUCAUGUUUAAUAAAUAUGAAAAACCAGAAAAACGUAGGAAAUACGGUAAAGUGUACGGCAUUUGGGUUUUUACUAGUUAUUCGAUUAAAAAUUAUUGUAAGAAACCUGUAGAUUUCACAAAAUACUUAUAUUGGCCUUUUGUAGACGUAGUAAAAUUUUCAAAAACAUUCUAGCUAUUUUUAGGCUAUUUAUAUAGGUAUUUGUUAUUUUCUAUAUGUAUUUUUAUUUGGUAGAGAUAUUUUUUAUAAAAAAUUACAUUACUUAACAAAAAUACUUGAAAACAUAAAAUAAGGAAUAUUAUAGGUUGUAAUUAAUGUUUUAAAAAAAAAUUGAGUUUAAUGAAUUCGUUUUUUUUUUUUCAUAUGAGUUUUAAGAUCAAAUUUUGACAAAAAUCGUAAAAAUUACGGCAUUUCAAAAUAUAGUUUACCGAACUUCGAUCAAAAUAAUAUUUUACAACAGUUUAUCAUUGUUUAUAAAAAUAAAUUAAAUAACUAUGUAAUUUACCUUUCUUACUACCCACCUAAAAUAGUGAAAUAGUAGCGCACCCAUCAGCACGAUUAGCUUUUUUUUUCUUUUUAAAUCUGUAAUUAAUUUCUGGUUUAAAUUUUUAAAAAAAAUCAUAAUAUUAUGUGACUAUAUUAUUACAAUAACUGAUCCGAUAUUUUGUUCUUAUAGUUUUUGUUGUUUUUAAUAGUUUUAAUUAUUUGUUUUUUUAGCUAUCGGCGCCCGGCGUAGCCCGUGCCAAUUUUUGUAAUUUCCAUUUUCAUUUUUUUUUUCAUAUUCAUUUUUGGUUUUGACCGUAUCAAAAUUGAAUGAAACCAAAUAGGUAGAAAGUGGGCAGUCCACCUUCAGCGGACUAAAAGUGUUCUGUUGUGAAAUUUAUUCAUGAUUUUCAUAUGACAAAUAUGUGAAAACCUAUUUUUUUUUUUUUUUUUGGGAGCGGGGGUGUAUUUUAAAGGAAGGUAAGUCAACCUAACGAAUCAGGAAGUGGGGACGUAUGAAAAUGGGGAGCGCGCUUGUACCAUAUUAUAGUCAUCACUCGCAGACAGCAUGGCGUUCCUUUUAUACCUUAUAUACGUAUAUUAUGCCGAUAAUUUAUUUAUUUAGUAAUAUAUUAAUUUAUAUUAAUAUAAAACUAAUAAUUUGAUUAUCUAUAUUAUCUAUUAUCAAGUUAUGCGAUUACUUAAGUUAUGCAACGAACAGCGAUUAAUUUAUUUAUAAAAAAUAUGGAUAGAUCUUUCUUUGGGUUAGAAAAAAUUGAAAGAUUAAAAAUAAGGUAGUCAUUGGCAACCGUGUUUAUUUAUUUUGCGUUAUUAUUAUUUAAACAAUCAUUGUUGUAACCAUUUUACCAUAAUAUAAUGUAUAUUUUCUUUUUUUAAAAUUAUAUUUGUAUUACCAAGGUAUCCAAUUAACAUAAAUAAUUAGAUUUCCGUACUUAAAAUACCAAUCAUCCCGUGUCGACCCUCCUUUUGGGGGUGUAAUUUUGAAAUAAAAAAAAUAUAGCCUUUCCCGAUAAAUGGGUUAUCCAGUGUAAUUUUCAAUUCGAACGAGUAAUUCCUGAGAUUAGAGCGCUUAACCAAAUAAAUUCUUCAGCUUUAUAAUAUUAGGUAUAGAUUUCGAAAUACAUAGAUAGAUAAUAAUUAUCAUAUAUUUUUAAAAAUACGUUACACAAGAAAGGAAGACAGAAAUAAAUUAAUAAAAGUAAAUAAAAAAUAAUUGAAUUGAAUCUAAACAAAUUAAAACAUGUAUUGGUGGUAUGUGUUGAUUCAUGGUGUGGUUUCUUAACAAUAAAAUUAUUCAUAAAAUGUGGAAAGAUUCUCUAAUCACUAAUUGAGUUAUUAAUUUCUUUCUGGUGGUCGGAGUGUUCCGGAGUUGUGUGUCCGAAAAUGGUGAUGAGGUCAAUAAAUAAAAUUAAGUGGUUCAUUUGUUAAACUUUUGUUCCAAAACCUCGAACAAAUUUUAAUAGAUUUUAUAUUUUAUUUGUAUUCUGUAUCAUUUAUAUUAAUAUUAAAAUUAAUUUACAUUAUUUUGGUAGCAUAAAUACUAUAGAUUUUGAAAAUAUUUAACUUAAAAAGUUAUAAACUAUAAUUUUAUAUAAAUUGUUAAUUAUUUUUACUUUUUAUUUUGUUUCCAUGUUAAAUAUUUUAAUUAUAACUCUUAUUCACAUCACAGCCACAUACUUUAAUGAAUAGACCAAUACUUUUGUAUAUUAUUUUAUACAAAUUUUAGUAAUUUCUUUUAUAGGUGAAAUAAAUUAUUAUAUUAUUAUUACAUACCUAUAAGAACGCUAGAGAUUUACCUGUAGGUACCCUAAUGUGCUCCUGGAAUAGUCGGACGGUGGUAACAAUACUGAUUAUUAUUUGAAAUUUUUAGUACUAUAUACAAUUAUGUGUACUUAAAACGGCGGCGUCAAUAUUUAAAUUUAAAUCAGAAAAAAGUUGAAUUACUAAAAAUAAUGGAUAACAAAGAAAACAUGAGUGUUUACCUUUUUAAAGUUGAAACUAGCUGUUCGAAACAAAAUUUGGUGGUGCGUGCGUAUAGUGUCCUCUACAGAGUUCUCGAUAGAGUAUUCAUGAAAGAGAUUUUCCGAACAACCAAGGCGCUAGAGAAAUUAAGAAACAUCAUUAAUUUUUAACGCCUUUUGCACGUGAUCGAUACGAGAGAUUUUUUUUACGAGUAUAAUGAUCUUCAUUAAUUUGUAUUUGUUUAGAUAAGGUUAUUUAGAGGACGGCAGUAGUAAUGUCACCAAAGCUUUAAUCGGAGGCAUUUCAUAAAUUAUUUAAUCCAUUGAAAAUAUUUCGAUCAUAAAAAGUGAACACCUAAAUCUUACUCACAAACAACGAAUUCACUUUGUUUAUUAUCUUUUUUCCCAAUUUAAAUACCAAGUAUUCGACCAUACUUUGAAUUUUUUUGUUGAAUCAGUAAUCAAUAUAUUUUAAAUGGUUUUUCACAAUAAUUGGUGUUAUCUGUUUUCUGGAUGUUGUAUGUGUGUGUUUGUGUGUAUGUAUUAACAUUCUGGCAGUGACGUAUCUACACACAGGGCAACGUGGGACAGCUGCCCCAGGGUAUCAGAUCUAAAAGGGCGCUGAAUGGACUAAUGGGUUGACACUAUUUUCAAACAAAAUUUAUGUGUAGACUAUAGUCUGUAGCUAAUGUAAAGAAAGUGUAAAUUUUAACGUUGGCUGGUAGGCAGUAGAUUAAUAAUUGAUAAAAUAAUGAAAUAAUAAUAUGUGUACACUAUACAUAUUGCGCAGAUAGCAUGAAUCACAGACCGCAUUGGAAAUACUUGUGUGUACGAAUUUGUAAAGUGUGAUACUGAACAUUUUUUUUUUGCAUUUAAAUAAAUUGGAAACUGCAAUUUUAGUUUUAUUCUGAAGUGAUGUACUUGAACGAUUUAAUCUCAUAAACAAGAAACUCCAAUCCAUUUCAAUAGAUUUAAUAACCGUAUACAAUUUAUAUAGUUCUUUGAUUAAUUAUGUCAAACAGUUGAGAAGUACUAGUAUGUUUAAACAAUAUGAAAAAAAAGCAUUAUUAUUAUCAAAUAUUAAGGAUUUCGAUAAAAAUAGAAAAAAGAAAAGAAAACUUGCUCAUGAGUUAUGAUUAAACAAGAAAAAAUGAAAUAGUUCAAGAUUCCAGAACUAAAUUUCGAGUGAAUACUUAUUUUGAAAUUGUCGAUUGCUUAACAUCCGAAUUAGAAAAAAAAAUUGCAUACGAUGAAAUAAAUAAUAAUUUUGGAUUUUUGUUUUAUUUAACUAAAUCGAAUUUUGUUGAACUGACCAAUUAUGUUAAUUUACUACGUAAAAAGUAUAAAAAUGACCAAUCUAGUUAAUUUGCAAAUGAAUGUCUAAAGACUAUUUAAUAUCAAAAUCAAAAACUGAACCCAUGGCCAUACUUGAGAUGCAACAAUUUAUUAUUGAAAAUAAAGUUUAAGAGGUUUUUCUGUGUAUAUAGAAAUUCCAAAUAGGAUGUUCUUAAAUAUUGCAGCAAGUAACUAUUCUACAGACAGGUCAUUUUCUGCAUUAAGACGCAUUAAAAAGUUUGCUUGAACAAAAGCCAGGAAAAAUGCAUCUAGUUUAGGGUUAUAGUAAAAUAUGUAUGCGUGUAUAUAAAUGUAUAAGUGUAUAAUGUUUAUAUCAUUUAUUAUAAGUUACAGACAGUCACUUUUUGAAAAAUUGUUUUAAAAAUAGGUAUCCAUAUAAGUCACAAUUGCAAUCAAAAGUUUGGCGGUCCUUCCAGUUAAAGUUAAAAUAGUUUAUACAGAGUAGUUGAGUGGUGUAGUAGAAACCAAAACAAAAUGCAUAAUCUGCCACUGCUUACAGAUAUUUUAUCUUUAUAAAAUCGCUUGAAAAGGUAUUUUUGUGUAUUUUCGUAAACGUUAUAGUAUAUUGGUCAACGUUGUCACCUUAUUAAAAAUGUAUUUAUUUAAUUAUUUUUUUUAAAUUUAUAUGACACUUUUAUGAGUAAUUAGAGUUACAGGGCACAUGGGUGUAAAAUGGGGGCACUAUCCCUCUAUAUUUACUACUAACCCUUCUAAAAAAAUGACCAUGAAAAAAAUAUUUUCUGGUUACUAUUUUUUUUUCCACAAAAUAUAUUAGAGAUUUAUUACAUAUCAUCAUUAAGAGGAAAAUAUUAAGUGUUGUCAGAGGCUUUUUGCAUUUUUUUGAUAAAUUCCGUAAAUAUAAAAAGGAAAAAAACAAAAUAAUAAUGUAUAAUCUAAAAUUGCAUAUUUGUGUACUCCAAACAAUACAACGAAUACUUGUAUGAUAUAUAAAAUUAAUAUAAUAAUAAUUAAUAAAUUAAGAUGGAGUACUACCGACAGUAAUUUGACUGUAAAAACUGUUUCGUGUAUGAAAAAACUAUUUGGGUUAUAGACUUAAUUAGGAAAUCUUUUUUUCACCUCAGAAAAAAGAGACCCUGCACUGUGCAAUAUUGGUUUUAUUUGUUAAAUACUACAUCUACAAAAAAAAUUAUUAUUGUUUCAAAAUCUUAUGGAAUAACUUCGAUUAACUUUUUCAAAAUACCUAGUAAUAUCGAAAAACUUAAACCGACGUCACACUGUGCAUGUUGCCAUUAUUUUUUUGUGAGAUUUUGAUUUUCGUUAAUUUCACGAUUACAAAAUAUUUAAAUACUUAUGAUAGUGACAUGCAAUUAUUUUUGAAUAUAUUUGAAAUUUCAUUUUCCCAAAAAUGUCAAAAAAUUUACCUACCGCAAUUCUUCAAAUACGUCUUCUUAAAAGACGAAGACACAGAAAACAUUUCAAGAGGAAGAAGAGGGGGUGUUUCUACAUAUCGUAUAUUAUCUUUGUUUCAAUAAAAAUAAUAGUAUACAUAAUUUUUAAAAUUCUGAGUGAAGCGAGGAAUGUAUUGAUUUACAAUGAGGUUUUUUUUUUUUUUAUUUGAACAGUUUGUCCACCAAGAAAGCUUACUCCGAUUAUCAAGUAUAGCAUUUUUUAUGAAAGGAAAUUUUCUCCGGGUGGUACUUUAAAGAGACCAUUUUUUGAAAUUCUCUUUAAUAUUUGAGAUAAUGAGAAAAACCUGGUUCUUUAGAUUAAAAAAAAAUUGAAAGAUUAAAAAUAAGGUUUUCAUUGGCGACCGUUUUAUUUAUUUUUUGUAAUUAUUAAGUUUUUAUUAUUUUAUCUUAUUUUUUUAAACAAUCAUUGUUGGCUUGGAAACACACAUUGUUGUAAUUAUUUUACCAUAAUAUGACAUAUAUAUUGUUGAUAAAGCAACACUAUCAACUGAAUUCGGCUCAGAAUCGUUUUUUCGUUAGCAAUGGUUUAUCGUUGCUUACAGAUAUACAUUAAAUUCCCGUCUGUAUUCUACCUUCUCAACCUCUCACCUACAAUAGUGGCUGCGUUCACUUGUGAAUUAUGUCCGUUCUUUUUUUUUAUAUAAAUUAUAAAAUAGUUUGUACGUAUUUUGAAGGAGAGUUUGGAUUUUCCAAACUUCCAUCUGCAUUUGCCUCUAAAUAACUUAAUGCUAUUAAAGGGAAUAUGAAGGUAACGGCACACACGAAUAUGUAUAUGUAUGUAAAUAAUCGUAUAAGGACUAUAGCCUCCCACCUCACAUAAACAAUCACUUUACGCUUAUGAAGGGGUAGUUCGAUUAAAAAUUGGAAAUGUUGAGUCCCCACCCUCCCCAGGUUGUUUAUUCUAAUUACGCUAUGCGACCAUCAAAAUACUUAAUCACAUUGCACCGUUAUAUUUUGUAGUUAGAUUUUAAUACAAAUAUUAUGAAUUAAUUAAAAUUAACGAAACAUAUUAAUUACGUUCUUCGUAUAUAUUUUAUAGUGGUUCCGCAAAAAGAAAAGUUGCGGAGAUUUUGGUCAUCGAUUCGUGAUCAUGACGUUCUUCUCGUCUAUAUGGACAUUCUUCGUGUUCAUUUGCGUAUUUAAAACCGUAAAAUAUUUCUCGGACACAACCGAUGACAAUUCGUUAUGGAACGGGCUUCUCAUGUGUGUCGUCACGUUCGCCAUGUCGGCUAUGCUAUGGUUUUGGCUCGUGAUAUGUUCGAUGUCAGUACCUACUCUGUGAUCUACUUACCAAUUGCAGUUGUUGUAUACCUCCAGGCUCGUAUUUAUGGAAUUUAUUGAGAAAAAAAAUUAUUUUUUUAAUUAACUACACCAUAAACCAAUUUUAGUAGUUAAUCAAAUCUUAAAUUAUUUCCAAUUAUAGGAGUAUUUUAUUCUAGCUUUUAUUUAAACAAUUUUACAGCUUAAAAAAAUGUAUGUGUUACAAUUCCAGUAAAAAAUUUAGUCGAUCUGUUGAAAACAAAAAAAUUAUCGCUCCAAUUUAUUCCAUAGAUACGGCGUCCUGUGAACACAUCUUAAUAUAGAAUGAGACCGCCACGACUCAAAAUGAAUAGUUUUGAGAAAAUUCUAUUUGGAGUUUUCAUUUAUAAUAUAAGUAAAACUAUGAAAUUCGAAAUUAGAAAAAUUACAAGUUACAUAUUAUAAUAUUUUAUAGGUUAUAUAGGUACAUUCAAAUAUUAUGAUUGAUGUACCUACCUACCUACUCGUUCUAUUAAACCAAUUGAUAUUUAGUUACAAUUUUAAAAGUGAAUGCGAGAUGCAUGUCUUAUUAUAAUGUUCCUAUUGAAAUGUGUUUAAAAAAAAUUAUAAUAAUUAUAAAUCCAAUUAUCUAUUGAAAUUAGAUUUAUAAUUAAAUAAUUAAAAUUGUACUUUAUAUGAGUAUGCUUGCAUUAUUAUAAUGUAAGCACGUUGUAAACUUUUACCCGAAUGCAUUAGCAAGUACAUAGGUAGAUUAUAUACCUGGUUAAUAUUGGCUGAUUUGAGUUUUUGCGGUCUUCUUUUAUUUGGUGUGCCUUAUAUCAUAUUUUUUAAUUUUUAAUGUUGUAUAUUGAUUUAUUUUUUCUUUUCAAAAAUGUGUUUUUGCUUAUAGAAUGUGGAAGCGUACUACAACGGUUAUUUAUUUGGACAAAGAUUAUUUAUGGCCAGUCAGUGGGAACAUAAACAACGCAGAAGCUGAAGUCUAAACAAUUGAGCCAAUUUUUGAUUAUUGAUUGAAAAUUGUAUAAUAGGUACCUUUCAACUAUUAUUAUUACCUAUCGUUAUUAUAAUAUAAUAUUGCAAAAACGCUUGAAUUCCAUAUCAAUAUUUUACUAUCGUGCAAGAUUAAAAAUAAGAUUAAUUUCCCUAGAAUAAAGUUAUAUAGGUAAUAUGUAUUGUUUAUAUAUAUAUAUAUAUAUUUUUUUUUUAAACAUUGUGUUUUUUUACUAUAUUAUUUAUUACUAAAAUUGUAAUGCAACUUCUAUAAAAUAAACUAUAGAUUUUUUUUUUUUGUUUAAUUAAAACCUUCAUUAACUCAAAUAUAUUAUGUAUAACAGUU